ACCGUGACUAUGUAGCGGAGCAGCAGCAGCAGCCCCCCACCCCCCCAACAGCCUGAGGCCGACUGGACCCUCGCACAUCGCCGCCGACUCCUCUCGCCCUCUCCUCCUCCUCCUCCCUCCUCCUCCUCCCCUUUGUCGUUCGCUCCACGGUCUGAGAUUCAGGAUGAAGACGGCGCGGAGGCAGAGGGCGAAGCGCGUGUCCGCGUGGCCGUUCGUUGCGGUCACGGGACCUUAGAGGGGGAAAAACAUCAGCGGCGUUCGAGAGCCGAGUGAAGGAAAGCUAAGAGGGGAGGAAGGAAGCUGAAUAAGACGAUUAUUGAUUGCCACCGAGGUAGCACGCGUUGCGUGCGGGUGCGCGUGAUAGCGGGUACGGGACCAUGAGUGCGUCUCUUUGCACGUCACACUACGCAGGCUUGCGAGCUUACAGCUAUUCGUGGGAAGAAGGCGUGUAAGGCAAGGCAAUUAGCAGCGACAUUAUUUAUAUCUAUCAAAUUAUACACUGUAUACGUGAGUAAUAAAAGGGAGGUGAUUUAUAGAAUCCGGACUGCUUGUGCGCAGAAGUUAGUGUGUUGGGUUGGUUGGGGGUUUUGUUUGUUUGUUUGACAAGUGUCAAACGCUGCAGGGCAGACACGGUGUGGCACGAUGUGUGCUCCACUCUCGUAGGUGAACUUGGGAGACUCCACCGCGUGCCUGUCUGUUGCCGCGCCCGCAGAAGCCACGACCCGUCCCAAGAGAUCGGGACAGCGACGGGAGAGAGAGGGGAGCGGGGCUGAGCGGACGAGUGACGCGCGGAGAGAGAGAGAGAGAGAGCGAGCAGGGACACACGAGCGACGCGUGGACGGAGUGAGAGAUACGCGAGCGGUAUAUUUAUAUAAAAGGAGAGAAGAGCACGCCGGCUGGGCAGAACGAGAGGCGGGAGGGAGAUCGGGGCUUUGAGAAACAAGCAACAAGAUUGACACCCACCGGGGGGGGAAGCCCACACCAUUGACACACAAGGACAUCCGCAGCACAAAGUGUGACGAGCCACUUGAACCGAGACAAAGUAGGAAUAUAACCGACAAGACAUCAGAUAUAAGAGAGCUACCAGAGACGCAUUGGUGACGAGCCCUAGAGAGGACACACACACGCGCACACCAGCCUCAACAGCAUCGACUGCAUAGCAGCGUGUGCGACGCAGGUGUCGUGGUCACAGCCAUGAUCUCUCCCGCCACACUCUUGGCUCUGUUGGGCAGCAUCGCCCUCUCAUGGCACGAGGGUCCGCGCGGAGCGAACGCGGACACGGUCCGAUCCAGCUUCAUCCACCGUCAGCUGCGCUCUCACGAGAGGAGGGAGCUGCAGAGGGAGAUCCUCUCCAUCCUGGGGCUGCCUCAUCGACCCCGACCUCCGGCUCCCACCGGCAGGCAAAGCGCGGCUCCACGCUUCAUGCUGGACUUGUACAACUCCAUGCCUGCAGAGGCUGGUGGUGGUGGUGGUGGCACCGUGGGUUCUGCUCAAUAUCAUUAUCAGUAUCAGAACCAGCAGCAGCAGCAUCAGGGAUCGUCACCACCAUCAUCCGUGCUCAUCGGCCGUGGACCACCACCUCUGCUGGGAGCGUCACAUCUGACGAGUAUCCAGGAGAGCAACUUUCUGAGCGACGCUGACAUGGUCAUGAGCUUCGUCAACAUGGUGGAGAAGGAUGGCGAGUUCCCACCGGAGAGACGGCACCACAAGCAGUUCCGCUUCGACCUGUCACGCAUCCCCGGCGGCGAGGCCGUCACCGCGGCAGAGUUCCGCAUCUACAAGGAGCGCGCGUCGCUGCGCCACGACAACGAGACGUUCCGAGUCGCCGUCUACCAGAUCCUGCGGGACCGGCAGUCGGACUUGUUUCAGCUCGACAGCCGCGUGGUGUGGGCGACGGAGGAGAGCUGGCUGGUGUUCGACAUCACGGCCACGUCCAACCUGUGGCUCAUGAGCCCCAAACAAAACCUGGGCUUACAGCUGCGAGUGGAGACGAUGAGCGGAGAGAGCAUCAACCCAUCGGCGGUCGGGCUGGUGGGCAGGCAAGGGCAGCAGGACAAGAUGCCCUUCAUGGUGGCUUUCUUCAGGGCCAGCCAAUUGCGUCUGCGCUCGGCUCGAGCGGUGGGGCGCAAGCGAAAGGGCAGCCGCAACAAGGGACGCCGAGGGCCCAAGCAGGACAUUUCCCGGGCGUUUAAAAUGACUGAUUACAACAGCAGUGAGCAGAAACAGACCUGCAAGAUUCGCGAAAUGUACGUCAGUUUCCGGGAUCUAGGCUGGCUGGAUUGGAUCAUUGCGCCGGGAGGCUACGCCGCCUACUACUGCGACGGCAACUGCAGCUUCCCGUACGGCGUGCAUAUGAAUGCGACGAACCACGCCAUCGUGCAAACCCUGGUUCACCGAAUGAAGCCCGAGGCCGUCCCCAUGCCCUGCUGUGCCCCCACCAAGCUCAGCGCCAUCUCCAUCCUCUACUUCGACAACAACUCGAACGUGAUCCUCAAGAAAUACCGCAACAUGGUGGUGCGCUCGUGCGGCUGCCACUGACCUCUGACCUCCGGGCGGUUCCCUCCCCGGCCGCUCACGUCGCAAGGACCGCGGUUUGAGCCAUCGCGGUACGAGCCCAACGCUGCUGGCCCGUCGUCGAGAUAAACUAAACUAAACUAAACCAAACAAUUUUUUUUAUCAUUUUUUAUUUUAGCAAGUAAGGCCCACCGAGCUUUUGAGCUCUUUUUCAGAAUCAGAAUACUUAUUUAUACUGGAGGGAAUACGAUGAGCUAUAAAGCUCUUUGUUCACAGAGAGAGACAGGUCAGAACAUCACAACGACAAACAAUACAAAACACGAUAGGAGUGCAAAGUAUAGGAAAGGUAAACAAAUCGCUUAGAAGAAUAUACAACUAAAGUAAACUAUUUUUUUUAUCUAAGCAGGUAAAGCCCACUGAGCUAUGUAGCUCUAUUUCAGACCCGGCCACACAACGAAGUGGCUCAUCACGUGGAAAUGUAUCACAGCCAAAUACUCAAAGCGCACAUCGAUUCUAAGUGUGGAGGGGAAAACUGAAGGACCCAGCGAAAAAUCCACACGACCACGGGGAAAACACGCAAACUCCAAAUAUACAUGCGUCGUCAGGGUCGGGAUCGAACCCACGACCCCCUGCAUACCAGGUGAGGUAGUUAACAUCUCGCCACCGUGGCACCCGAUAACUUCGUCCAAACAACGUCCCCAAUUGAAAUCACUGCCAGGUGAAAGCGCCUCGACAUGUUGAGAUUCAGUGUAUGUGCCGCAAGGCACCAUAUAAACAUUACAACUGUGUGU